AUGGCGGCAGCGGCGACAAACCGCUACAUCGAGCUCGCCAAGGCGUUGCACCCUCGCCUCCAGCGCUUCCUGGCCAAGUAUCCUCCCACACAGAUCUUGCCGGCCUCAACAAGGACGAACAAUGAGGCCAUCAACAGCGGCUCCAUCCCGAACCCGUUCCUCCCCCAUAAGCACCCAGCCACGGGCAAGUGGCAGGAGCCCGAGUACUCUCUGCGGAGACAGGCGGAGCUGGUAAAGCUGGCGCGCGAGGCCGGCGUCGAAGAGCUGCUACCCUUCACCAACAAGGGCACCGAGGAGCGGAUACGGAAGAGGGUCGAGGAGGGUCUCAGGGUCAAGGGUACCGGUGUGGGACAAAAGGUCAAGGGUCACUUGCACGAGAGAAUGUUGGCCACAAAGAUGGAGAAGAGACGUACGGCUGUCUUGGGUAUGCCGAGAUUGGUCAGGGAAUGGCGGAAAACGGGUACACAAAAAUGGUCCAAGUUCCCCCGGUAA